AUGGCUCAGCGUCGGGUCGAGCGUCUGGAGUCCAGCUGGAUGGAGCAGAUGCUCGAGAGCGAAGAGCUUAAAUUUCGAGUCCCGAAGAGCAGCGCGAGAGGAGAAGAAAAAUGUCAGGAGAAGAAGAAGCCGGUGAUGCAAGAGGACUCCAGCUUGUCUGGUCCUUUGCUGGUGUCCACGUCUCGCGGGGACAAGGAGCAAGUGAAAGGAAUGGCGCCAUCCUCGUCGCCAUCCUCGUCGCCAUCCUUAUCCUCGCAGCUUUUCAUCUCGUCGGCGAUGGAGGACGAGAAGACAGUUGAAGAGGACCUGCAGUCCUGGUACGUGAGAGAUGAGAAGACUUGA